GUCAAUCACGCAGGGAUGAAACGGGGAGGUAUGGACGCAGUGGAGACCAUCAGCAUCUGUAUCAAACGAUGAAGGCUGUGCCCAAACUGACGUUUUAUGCUUAAAAAUAGAAGGAAAGAAGAGCUUCUGACACAAUGUAUGGGUUUGUCAAUCACGCCCUGGAACUGCUCGUUUUAAGGAACUACGACCGGAAGUAUGGGAAGAUAUCAAGAGGGAGGCUCAACUGGACAUCGAAGGACAGUUCCUCGUUAGAAUCAUAUACGACGAUACCAAAACAUACGAUCUUGUUGCAGCUGCAAGCAAAGUUCUCAAAAUUGAUGCGGGAGACAUCCUGCAGAUGUUCGGGAAGAUGUUCUUUGAGUUUUGCCAAGAGUCUGGAUACGACACCAUCUUGCGAGUGCUGGGCUCAAACGUCCGUGAAUUCCUUCAGAAUCUGGACGCCCUUCAUGACCACCUGGGAACUAUCUAUCCAGGAAUGAGGGCUCCCUCCUUCCGUUGCACCGACGCAGAGAAGGGCAAGAAUCUGAUCCUUCACUACUACUCGGAAAGAGAAGGCCUGCAGGACAUUGUGAUUGGCAUCAUUAAAACUGUCGCACAGCAAAUACAUGGAACAGAGAUAGAGAUGAAGAUGAUCCAGCCGAAAAGCGAGGAGUGCGACCACAUCAAGUUCUUGAUCGAGGAGAAGGACUCAGAGGAAGAGGCCUUCUACGAGGACCUCGAUGGCUUUGAGGAGAAUGGCACGCAGGAGACACGCAUCAGCCCGUAUACGUUUUGCAAGGCCUUUCCUUUCCACUUGAUGUUCGAUAAAGAUCUGAUGCUCACGCAGUGCGGCAACGCCAUUUACCGAGUCCUGCCUCAGCUCCAGCCCGGCACCUGCAUCCUCCCUUCGGUGUUUUCCCUGGUCCGCCCGCACAUUGACUUCGGCUACCACGGCAUUCUUUCCCACAUCAACACUGUCUUUGUCCUGCGAAGCAAGGAGGGCCUGCUAAAUGUGGAGACUGUGGAGAAUGAGGACGAGCUGACGGGGGUGGAAAUAAGCUGCCUGAGGUUGAAAGGACAGAUGAUUUAUUUGCCCGAGGCGGAAAACAUCCUUUUCCUUUGCUCGCCCAGUGUGAUGAACCUGGACGAUCUGACACGAAGAGGCCUGUACCUGAGCGACAUUCCGCUCCACGAUGCCACGCGGGAUCUAGUCCUGCUGGGCGAGCAGUUUCGUGAGGAGUACAAGCUGACUCAGGAGCUGGAGAUCCUAACCGACCGCCUGCAGCAUACACUCCGGGCCCUGGAGGAUGAGAAGAAGAAGACAGACAGAUUGCUCUACUCCGUCUUGCCACCAUCUGUUGCCAACGAGCUGCGACACAAGCGUCCUGUACCGGCGAAGCGCUACGAUAAUGUCACCAUCCUCUUCAGCGGCAUUGUGGGCUUCAAUGUCUUCUGCAGCAAGCACGCCUCUGCUGAGGGAGCCAUCAAGAUAGUCAACCUGCUCAAUGAUGUUUACACCCGCUUCGACAUCUUGACAGACACUCGGAAGAACCCCUAUGUAUACAAGGUAGAGACGGUGGGUGACAAAUACAUGACGGUGAGCGGUCUGCCAGAGCCGUGCACACAUCACGCCAAGUCCAUCUGCCACCUGGCCCUCGACAUGUUGGAGAUCGCUGGACAAGUCAAAGUAGAUGAGGAGCCCGUACAGAUUACGAUCGGGAUCCAUACGGGUGAGGUGGUGACAGGGGUGAUUGGCCAGAGGAUGCCACGCUAUUGCCUGUUUGGAAACACGGUCAACCUCACGAGUCGCACUGAAACCACAGGCGAAAAGGGCAAGAUCAACGUUUCAGAAUACACUUACAGGUGUCUGCAGUCUGCCGAGAACGCAGACCCGCAGUUCCACUUGGCGUAUCGCGGCCCCGUCACCAUGAAGGGAAAGAAGGAGCCCAUGAAGGUGUGGUUCUUGUCCAGGAGGUCCACUGACACGCCAUAAGUCCCCUCACCACACGAAUAAAAUGAAAUACCAUGGUUUUGAUAUGAUGCAAAAACAUUUUCAUGAAACGGUGCCAUUGUGCUCUGCCACACCAUAAUAUGUACAUGUAUAUACAUAUAUAUUUUUUUUAGCAUACAGUGUGUCAUGACCAGUUUAGUUGUUAAUGAUAACUGUUGUAUUUGUAACGCACUUUUCAUAGAUUCAAUGCACAUAAUCCCAUAUAAAAAAGAUUUAACAAUAACAAAUGCAUAGAUAAAAAAAUAUAAUUUUUUUGCAGGUUUGUGUGAAAUGGUACAAAUUUAAAGUUAAUAUUUCGUAAUAUUGUUUAAUUUAGCUAACAAGUGAAUUGUUCACUUACCUGAAAAGACAUUAUGUCUAAGAUUGAGUACGGUACUAUUUCUUUUGACGUGUGUACUCUAAUGUGUACUAAUGUGUACUCACCUGCCAAAAUAUUAACAAGUCCAAUUAGAAUGAGUCAGUAUAAAAAGUAAAAACCUUUUACUCACAGUGAGUUAUUUUAAGAAUGAAUUCCUACAUUUCUUCACAAUUUUGAUGAUUAUAUCGGGGGUUUCUUGCUGACCAUUUUGAUACCAAUCCUGCAUGAGUGAGAAGGGUCGAUACCAACACGGAUCACAUGUAUUAACUGUAAAUGUUUCAAUGUUUUUAUAGUGAGUGCUAUUAAAAGUGUAACAAUAUCAACACAAAAUUUAAACUGCAUCCUUAUUUUUUUUUUAAACAAUUGUUUGAGCAAAAUAAAAGUUUGAAUGCUCUUGAAACAUACACAUGGCCAUUUAUCCACACUGGAAAAGUUAAUGAUUUAAUUUUCAUUUAUCGUCGGUUAAUUAAUUGACUCAUCGAAUAUUGGCCCAGGCCUAUUGAUACUACUACCCUUGGUAUCGACACCACCAAUUUAUUUAUGGAUCUGCCCUCCUGUAUGCUGACAUAUCAACCAUUGUUGUUACUACAGAUGUCGAUAAGUGCCGAUAAAUGCUUUAAAACGUAAUAUCGGAAAUUAUCGGUAUCGGUUUUAAAAAAAAAAGUAAAAAUUUAUGACUUUUUAAAACGCCGCUGUGUACAUGGACGUAAGGAGAAGAACAAGAGCGCCAAUAAGCCUUGAUGGCACUGCCUUUGCAUACCAGCCUAGUCACAUAAUACUUACAGCUUUUCACACACACAAGUGAAUGCAAGGCAUACUUGGUCAACAGCCAUACAGGUCACACUAAGGAUGGCCGUAUAAACAACUUUAACCCUGUUUCAAAUAUGAGCCACACUGUGAACCCACACUAAACAUGAAUGACAAACACAUUUCGGGAGAACAUCUGCACCAUAACACAACAGAACAAAUGCCCAGAACCCCUUGCAGCACUAACUCUUCCGGGACGCUACAAUAUACGGCUCCACACUGUGUAUGGAGACACAUGAUUAGCAGCAGUUUGUCAGCUAAAAAUGAAUACAGUGUCAACCAGAGGGGAUUGGCGUUUGUGAUAGACAGUAAAAGUCUUUUUUUUACCCACAAAUUCCGAUAAAACCAUCAAAUUGGAUAUUUUAUCAAAUGUGAAGUGACUGGUUUGCCCUAUAAGCAGUAAACCCUGCAAUCCUUUUGGGCUUUUGAUUGGUCUUUAAAUCAAACUGAACUCCUCAGAUCCAACAAAUAAUCCUGAAAAGAAUCUUAUUGACAAAAGUAGACAACAUAUUUUUGGC